UGGGCGGCCGGCGGGGUUCAAACGAGCAAGGCGAGCGGGCAUUGGCCGGGGCUCUGUGAGGCGGGCCUCGGUUAUUGUCCGAGCUCCGGCAGCGGCGGCGGCGACGGCGGCGGCAGUGGCGGUCGGUGCUGCGGCAGCGGCGGCGACGGCUCGGCGGGACCGAGGGCGGGAGCGGCCGAGACCAUGGCUGGAGGUAAAGCUGGAAAGGACAGUGGAAAGGCCAAGGCUAAGGCAGUGUCUCGCUCACAGAGAGCUGGGCUACAGUUUCCCGUGGGCCGCAUCCACAGACAUUUGAAGACUCGCACCACAAGCCACGGAAGGGUUGGUGCCACCGCUGCGGUGUACAGUGCCGCGAUUCUGGAGUACCUCACCGCUGAGGUGCUGGAGCUGGCAGGUAAUGCUUCCAAGGAUCUCAAAGUGAAGCGGAUCACUCCACGCCACUUGCAGCUUGCGAUCCGUGGUGAUGAAGAGUUGGAUUCGCUUAUCAAGGCCACCAUAGCUGGGGGUGGCGUGAUCCCUCACAUCCACAAGUCUCUGAUUGGAAAGAAGGGACAGCAGAAAACUGCUUAGAGAGUUGUCUUAACCAACCCUCUUCCUCCCCGUCAUUGUACUGUAACUGGGACAGAAGAAGUAAUGGGGAUAUGUGGAAUUUUUUAAAACAGUUCAGUGGAAAAGCUUAGGCAGUUACUGUAGACAUGAUAAACAUUUGUACGUUCUUUGAUAAAAAGUACCUUUUCAUGUGGCAGCAGUCGUGUGUUGAUUGGCUAGGUUUCUCCCUUGUGUUUUAUACAAAAAUGUGAUUGAGUUCCCGUUGUGGUUCAGUGGUAAUGAACCUGACUAGUAUCCAUGAGGAUGUGGGUUCCAUCCCUGGCCUUGCUCAGUGGGUUAAGGAUCUAGCGUUGCCAUGAGCUGCAGCAUAGGCUGCAGAUUCGGCUUAGAUCUGGCAUUGCUGUGGCUGUGGUGGAGGCCAGCAGCUGUAGCUCCAAUUCGACCUCUAGCCUGGGAACUUCCAUAUGCCGCAGGUGCGGCCCUAAAAGGAAAGAAAAUGGAAUUGAUGAACUUUUUUUUUAAUUUGUUUCAGAACUUCUGUUUGUGCUGUAUGUUGGCAAUAUUUUGCUCACACUUUGAAAUUUUUAAAAUUUCAAUUGCUUAUAUAUUCAGAAAAAUCUUAAAACAGAAAUUGGAAAUUUACUGCAAUCAUGAUUAAUACCAUAUUAUAUUGAAUUUUAGAUGCUGUCUAUUUUGUAGUAUGCACCAAUGAUUUUACAUACCACUAAAGAAAAAAAAUGCCAAUUAAACCAUCAUAUGCCAUUGAUUAUGAGAUGCAUCCCAAUUUCAGAGAUGUUAGAGUAUGAAAAUGUACGUUUAGAGUUGAUGAAAUAGGAUAGCGGACUUUGUUUAAUUAUCUAAUGAGCACUUACUGUGUGGCAGGCCCUGUGCUAAGCACUGCACUGGUGACGACGUUUUCUCACCCCCACUUUGAAGAUGUGGGAUUUGAGGCUCACGGAAAUAAACGGCUUGCAUUUAUCUAGCAGGUAGAAAGGGGCAUAACUAGGGUACGAACCUGGUCUGGCUGACCCCAGAGCCCACACUCUUACCUAGAAUGGAAAUUUAUCAGAGUUUUCUGCUUUUGGCUUAAAAUUCAAAUUUUCAGUGGUCUUAUUGAUACAGUGACAUUCAGUAAUUUGUACAAUAUUUUAAAAAUUCUUUUUCUCUGUCAGUUUCUAAGUAACUAUUGUUAAGAUUUAAGUUAAUGUACCAGUUAAUGGUCCAUCAGAAAAUUAUAUUUUUCUGCCUGGAAGUCUUCAUUAAAAAUGGAAAUUCUUUAAUGUUUUAUAAUACAACAGUAUCAAAACAAAACUCUCAUUUUUAAAAACUUAUUUUAUUAUGGAAAUUUUCAAAAAUAAAGAGAACAGUA